AAUGAGACAGAGUAUCGACGGGCACGACAAAGAGGGAAAGAGCCACUCGAACGGCGUGGCGCUUGUGCGACUCAGUGUCUUUCCGGACGCCACACGUUUGAGACACGCACGCGAGUUUCUCUCUCCUUUUCUCUCUCUCUCUCUCUCUCUCUCUCUCUCUCUCUCUUUUCCCUCUCUCUUCCUCUCUAGCCUCUUCCUCUCUCUUUCUCCCUCUCCCAUUCUGUACCACCCUCUAUCAGUCUUUCUCCCUCCGUCCGUGCCUGCUGCCCGAACGCCCGUACCUCCGUCUUCCUCGCUCCGUCCUUCCUCGUGCUGUCUCUCUGCGCUCACCUCCAGGACGACGUUGAGGCACAUCGUCCGUGCCCUGCCCCCUCUCGCCGGGCAUGGAGUGGGACCAAUAGGAGCGCCGCUUCCGGCAACGAUGGUGCUCCAAUCGGCACACGACGCCGACGGAUAGACGCUGACGAGAGGCGAUUUUGACAGUCGACACUGUGCUACUCUCAGCGCUCGCGGUUUAAUCGCGCACUGAGCUUACCUCUGGGAUCUUUGUAAUUCGUGAAUCGGAGCAGUGUCCUUCACAGGCCCUGUUGAUGGUUCUACCGGUUGAUAGUUCUCUCUCUUCGUAUUCACCGAAUAUUGGAAUUUGUUCAGUGAAUCACCAUCGUAUCGAACCUAUUAAGUGAGUGCAAUGAAGAUUUCCGUGUGUCGUACCUACUGAUGAGUGAGGCAGAAGGAUUAAUUUAGCGAUCACGUGGUCGAAGAAACAGCGAUCCACUUGGAAAAUUAAACGCUGAAUAAUCGCGAAAAAUUCCACAGCCAGUCCGCAUAGGCUCUGCAACAUUUCCACGGAGAUUCCCGCCUCUGGCGCCUAAGAAUAAUCAUAUGUUUCGCCACGACUCGACGCACUCGUUCCUGGUGUCGAAUCUAUUCGGAAGCGGGCGGACAGCCUCGGUGAUCAAUAUAGCCCGCGGAUAAAUCCGUGGUAGUGUUCGGUUGGAUACGUACGGAUACAUAUUGCUCCCCGCGUCGCGAACGUUGUCACGGAUGCGACCGCACCGUCCGUCCCGGCACAAGUGAAAGGAACCUCGGAGGACUUACGGACCACGUUGGACAUUACGUUAGGGGGGGAGGGGGGAACCGAGCGGUACCGCGAGAGUAAUUAAAUGCGCGCGUGAGAUAAUCGGAUGAGCUGCGCUAUGGAGUAUCAGCAAUUGGCGCCACCGCCGGUACCAACUGGGGUGCUGCACACCCAGGCGCACCAUCCUCAAUCUCAGCAUCAGCAGCAGCAGCAGCAGCAGCAGCAGCCGGUGCCGCCGCCGCAGCAUCCACACAUCGUAGUCGCGCCGGCUCAUCAGCAGCCGCAAUCCCAGCAACCACCGCCACCACCCCUGCCGCCGACCUCCCACAGCCACCAGGUACACCCGCCGCUACCGCCCAUCCAUGAUGACAGCACCAGUUCUAGGUGGUCUCAGUACCAGCACUUGUGGAGGCAGCAUCAUGUUUACAUGAACGGGAAACAAGGUAAAGAUGGGCCAGAAGAAAAGAAGGAUGCCGACGGCGAGCUUUGGGGCAACGUGGAAGCGCAGGCCGCCUUUCUCGGGCCCAAUCUCUGGGACAAAACUUUGCCUUACGAUGCCGACCUGAAGGUAUUAAACCAUUACGUCGAUCUCGAUGAGUUUCUUUCCGAAAAUGGGAUCCCCGUCGACGGUGUGGCUGGUGGUGGACAGGGUCCCAUGCAAGGUAGCCAGCUUCAUAAAAUCAACAACACCGAGGCCGCCGGGCACCAGGGACCAGCGGGUCUACACUUGGAACCAGUUACCAAGCGGGAGAGAUCACCAUCGCCGAGCGAAUGCUGCUCGCCGGACACCCUGAACCCACCCUCUCCCGCGGAUUCUAAUUCCGAGGACUCGUCGACACGAAUACAAUAUGGCUUGUCUCUUGUAGCGCUCUCGAUGGCCUCAUCGGGGCGAGACUUCGACCCACGUACCCGGGCCUUUUCCGAUGAGGAGCUCAAACCCCAACCUAUGAUCAAGAAAUCGCGGAAGCAGUUCGUUCCGGAUGACUUGAAGGAUGACAAAUACUGGGCGCGUCGUAGGAAGAACAACAUGGCAGCGAAACGAUCGCGAGACGCGCGCCGCAUGAAGGAGAACCAGAUAGCACUCAGGGCCGGCUUCCUCGAGAAAGAGAAUAUGGGUCUGCGGCAGGAGCUGGAUCGGUUAAAAAAUGAGAACAUGUUGCUACGCGACAAACUGAGCAAGUACACGGACGUCUAACACCCCGUGGUCAGCCAUGCACCAGCUCGAGCGACACGCAAAGAGAGAGAGAGAGAGGGGCGCGGACACACGAGGGUGCACAUCAUACCCAGUUACAACUCCCUCGCUUAUAGUCGCAGCACAUAGCAGCCUUCGCCUCCGCGGUGGAAGCGAAGGGGAUGCGGGGCAGGUUGGCGAAAACCACCAACUCCUCCCGAACCGAACUGCCGCCGCCCUAAAAGCCGACAACCAACCUCCUCCGAGAAGAUCCUCUAUUCUCUAUCAAUCUCUUUCUCUCUUUCUCUUACUCUCGAAUAAAAUUCUUAUUGAGUCCUCGCUCCUUGUCCUGCUCUAGAAAACUUCUACACUUGUAAAUAGUUAUAUGUAUAGUUAGAUUAUAUACACACACACAUACACACAUAGGCAUAUACGCGUGCGUGCGCGUUACAUAUACGAAUGUACAUACACAUAAGAACAUAUGUAUGUAUAUAUAUUCGUAUACGUAUAUAUUUGAAGUAAAAAGAAAAAGUGUGUAUAUGUACACACACACACACACACGUACACACAAAACACACACAUACAUACACAUACAUGAGUAUGCGUUUGAGAAAGGAGAUGCGUUCAUUACACGUAAAUAAAUUCGUGCAUGCAGCGCACGACGAGACACGUCGAUUUCGUCCCCAGCAUACGAGUUGUAUUACGAACGGGAUGGAAUUAAUGAGCGAGGAGAGAAGCAAUGGAGAAAAUAAAGGUGCGAGAUUCUUGAAAUCGUAUACUUUUUCGGCGACGAAGGGACGAAUCUCGUCGGGGCUGAGCACUGCCACACGUAAAGAGCUGUAUCAUUAGGUCGACAUGGAGCGGAGGCGAGCGAGUGGUUGGGAGAACACGACGCUUUUCUGCGCACGGGCUAAUUAUUAUCCUGGUUCUCCGAGAAUGCGUUAAUUACUGUAGCGUAUCCCACGUGGUGAUGGUACACAAGUGAUUCUAGUUGUUUUAAUCAUAAGGUAGAUGAUAUACGUAUUUCGUUUUCAUCAUCGUUUUUUUUUUCUUUUCUCUCUCUCUCUGAAUCUAUCUAUCUACCUAGCUCUAUCUUUCUUUUAGCGUGUAGCGAAUUAAUCCGGCCACGCGAGGAGUUGCACUUGGAGUGCGCGGAAGGCGUCGCGACGCGGCUCUGUCCCUUUUCUUCUUUCGCAAUUUUUAUCACCCGCUGGCCCACACAAAAUCGUCGGCGGCACGGGGCGAUGGACGAGCCCAUCCCGAGAUAUUCAUUUGUUGCGUAGCGAACAAACUUUUGUACAGGGGAUCGCCCUCUUGUAAAAUAUAUUUUAAGAAUGUAAUCAAGUUAGUCUCUGACGAGCGACCGUUACGCGCUGUACCUUCGACGGGGUUUUACCAAUGUGGAAACUUGAGACAAACGAAAACGAACCGUGUCCGACGAUCGGAUCGCGUAAUCUCCUUCAAUGCAGAUGGGCGCGUGCAUCGUCGGGAUUAAUAAUCGUAGGCGUCGUCGCUUAAGAGUAACAAAAAAAAAAAUAUUACAUGUACACGAGACACGAAGUUACGACCAUCGUGCUUAAAUGUAAGCUAGCUGCACAGAUUCGCGUGCACUGGCCCCAUCUCCCCCUCCCUCUAUCUUCUUUUUAAGUUUUUAGAUGUUUAUUUUUCCAUCACCGUGAGAAUCGGUGACGGCGAUCGAGAGAGCGAAAGUGGAACCGAUGAGGAGAUAUGCGCUUUUUAUGAAAUAGCUAUAAAAUUUAUAGCUACAGAAAGAGAGAGAGAAUUCUAUAUUGUACAGAUCAAUGCGAGAUUGAACGCCACCUGAAUGAGAGCGAUUUCUGCUCGUUGCAAAAUUUAGUGACAAUAAUAGCGACCGACGCACCGUGCGUUUUCAGCAACAUGGGCGAAUAACCAGAACGACGAGCGAGAUUUGUAAUCUUGUCGCCUCGAUUGAUUUACAAAAAAGAGUAAUAAUAAUUUCAAAUUAUAAUUAAGUAUAAAGGCAGGGCGAAGCUCUUCAUUACUUUCGUCCAUGAUUUGUGUACCAACGAUACGUAAUAGUUUGAGGUUUCUUUUAACCGUAUUAGAGAAGCACUCGAUGCGCAAACGCGAAACACGUUCUGUACCUAUAACAUCAAUUUAUCGGUCGAAAGGGGAAAGAGAAUCGAUAAAACGAAAUUUCAAUUCAACUUCGCGUUUAAUUGACGGUUAAUCCGCUUCAGCUGUCGCAGGACAAUUUCGUAGAUCGCGCAUGGAAACAUACCGUUUUAUUCUCGCAACAUUCUUCGAAUCCUUCGAGCAUGUUGUACAUACAUCCACCGCGCUAAUUAUUUUUUAUACGCGUAUUUCUUACGAAUAAAAUUGCGAAUACGUAAUUGUGAUUUCGUCAGAGUCAUUCUGUUGCGGACACAGUCUGCUAUACAUAUAUUCAUGCACGAGUGCAAUGAUCCCAAACGUUCGAUGUCUUAUAUUUGUUCGAGUAAUUUGCCGAAAGGCACGUACGAAAUCGUCCGAUUACAGUUCACGAUUGCCUUGCACAUUUUAACGAAAAAAAAAAGAAGAAAAAAAGACGCAGCGUAAAUGACGGAGAAUUCCGCGCGAUGAAUUAUUAAAUCGAUAUCUUGCGUCGGCAGAUUAGCGAAUACCUUCGCCCGAUAAUAUCGCAGAUAAUUUUGUAGCGGCACAAAAUUUUAUUUUUCGAAAAUAAAUCAUAUAUCGUAUGUUAUCUGAUAAAAUAGCUAUUGCAUGGCUUGUUAUCCGACGCGAUGAGUUAAAGAAGAAAGUAGCAUGGUAUUGCGUGCGAAAAAGCGUAAUCGCGAAAAACAGAAUUUCGCGUUUGAUUGUAUACGAAAGUUUCUCAUGUCAUUCUUCAAAGCGUAUAACGUAGGCUGCAAGGAAGUUUUUCGGUUAUUUGCAAUACCUAUUUGAAAUUUAACAUGAGCCAAUAUCAGCUCGCAUGUGUUCUGCUUAUCACGCACACUUGGCGUCAUUAAAAGCAACAAAAUAAAAUUUUGUAUAUUUUAGACAAGAAAAAGGAUCUUUUUUCAUACAAUUUGUUUGUAAUGCGAGUUUUAAAAAUAAUAAACUUCGAGUCAGAGAGAAUGUUUUUAUCAUGUUUUUUAAAUAAUUGAAAAUCACUCGUGUUAACGAUAAAGAAAUUCAAGUGAUCCUUCUCUCGAUUAUUUUUUUCAAAGCUAUUAAUGAUGUUGAGUGUGCGAUAUGACGUGGAUCUCAACACAAGUUAUUGGCCUAUAAGAAGCGCGUUAGUUGAUUGACACACAUCGCAAUUUGAUAAAUAAAAAUAGUAAUAAAUAAAAUAGUAGAGAGUUAUAUAGCAGCGCGAGAGAGACAGACGCGGCCGCCGGCUUUGCUCCAAAUAGAAUGGUAAGAAAAUGAGAUAGAGGACACCGCCGCGUCUUCGAUAAAUAACUGUCCGAUCCACUUAAAUAAAAACUUGAAAAACAUGAGAAAAAUUAGAUACGACCACCAACACAAGAAAACCUCUAUUGUAUCACAUUUCGAGAAAUAUAUGUAUUUGUUAUUGUUUUAAUUGAA